UGCGUCUGGUGGUUGAUGCUGCCACUGGAACUUCCGAAUGUAUGCAUACGAGAACGCAUAGCAGAAAACAAAGAUGGAUGAGUGAGGAUGAGACUCCCCAGCUCAGUCCUAGUGUCGGUCUCUUUUUUUACGGCCGAGACGACGGCUGCUAUUUAUCUGAGCACCACUUAUCGCUCCGAUGGUGAUAAGAUUUGGCAGUGUUUGACGCUCCUCUUCACGCUUGUGCCAUCCGUGCUGGUCCAGCUCACACUGAUCUUUAUUCACAGAGACCUGAGCAGAGACAAACCUCUAGUGCUGCUGCUUCAUAUAUUACAACUAGGGCCAAUAAUCCGGUGCCUAGAUGCCUUCUGUAUCUAUGGCAGUGCUGGAAAGGUGGAGGAGCCAUAUGUCACCAUCACCCGAAAGAAGCAGAUGCCCCAGGAAGGGCAGACAGAGGAGGUGGAACAGGAAGUGGGGCAGGUAGAGGGGAAGCUAGUCACUCACCGCGCAGCUUUCGCCAGGACCUCCGUCAUACAGGCCUUUCUGGGUUCUGCACCCCAGCUCACACUGCAGCUGUAUAUCUGCGUGCUGCUGAAAGGGGUUUCUAUUGGUAGAGGGACAUUGAUGGUCAUUUCCCUUCUCUCUAUUGUAUACGGAGCCUUGCGUUGCAACAUUCUGGCUAUAAAGAUACGCUACGACGAUUAUGAAGUCUCCGUCCGGCCGUUGGCGUACGUGUGUGUGUUCCUGUGGCGAGGGUUUGAGAUCGCAACACGUGUGGCCGUGCUGGUCCUCUUCAGCUCCGUGUUGAAGGUGUGGGUGCUUCCGGUAGUUGCAGCCAAUUUCAUCCUGUUCUUCCUGUUCCCGUGGGUCCUCUUCUGGAGCAGUCGUUCUCCAUUUCCGGAGAACAUCGAGAAGACGUUGACGCGCGUGGGCACCACUAUCGUACUCUGCAUGCUUACCUUCCUGUAUGCGGGCAUCAACGUGUUCUGCUGGUCCGCCGUUCAGCUCAAACUGGAUGAUCCUGAACUGAUUGAUAAAGGCCAGGUGUGGAGGCGGGUUGCAGCGUACUACUCCCUCCGUUUCGUGGAGAACACGGGGCUGAUGGUGAUGUGGUAUGUCCACCGGACUGAGUUCUACCAAUGGGUGGACGCCCCUGUGUUGGAACUUCUGCUGCUGUUGGGUUAUGCCAUGGCUCUAUUCUUCAUGUUGCUGUUUUACCAGUUUUGCCACCCAUGCCGGCAGCUGUUUUCAUCCAAUCCAGCCCAAGGUUUCUGGAAGUGCUGUGGAUCCCUUUGCCUGCUCUGUGGACCACUUUCCCAGUCCAGCUCCAUGAGGACCAAGCCAGGGAAAGACGUUGGAGACGACCCACCCUGUUUGACAGUCUGAGCAGACAAGCCAGCAUGGUCCAUUGAAGUGCAUGUGAAAAUCCUUAACAUGAUGAGAAUGAAAUUGCUGCUUUCGUCAUGUGAUGUGGGAGCGAACUUUCUCUCCUUCUCUCUGUGCCUGCAUUAUUUGUCAACCUGGUCUCGUUGAAUCACAUUUUUGCAAAAUAAUUUUUAUGUGGCUCGUUCUAUGUAUCAUCGUGCAACGACAACAACUUUUAUUUACUUUCAUACAAAUCACAAGGAAAAUGGCAGAUUAUCAGUUCAUAAACGCUAACUCUUCACCCUCUUCCUUAAACAAUGCUUUCUUAUGACGUCUAAACGCUAUAAUGCGUGACUUGAAAAGCGACGUAUUACAAAAUUUACAUUCCAUUCCAUCCAUUACAAAACUGCAAUUACAAGCUUAUUCAAAUGCAAUAAAGUUUCUCGAAAGCUCAAUUUAUAGAGUCAUGUACUUGCAAUGCAAAAGAUCGGGGUACGAGUCCAGCAAAGCACACGAGUCAAGGCAACUGUCAUAGAUGUGUCACAAAAUUAUUGCUUUUUACAUUUCACAUUUGCUCUUUAUUACACUAUCUGUUAGAUUUAGGUUAACCUUUUAGCAAGGUUCGGUCAUUUUUGACCGAAAUCAAUUUAGUUUCUGUAAUAAAAAUGGUAUCCUCCUUCUGAUUGGCUCGAGGCUUGGUUACUUUUCCAACAUUUGCCAUAUGAACACGAAUAAAUAUUUCCAUUUGGACUGGAUUUGAUGAGUUUAGGCCACGUGACAAAAAAGUGACACUUGUGUUGUUUGUGGUCAAAUUUGACUGACCAUAGGAAAUUAAUUGGGUGAGAGUACAACACAGAGCAAUCAUUCAGCCACAAUGCAGAACACACACACACACACACACACACACACAUGUUGUGUUUCCAUGUUUUAUGGGGACUUUCCAUAGACAUAAUGGUUUUUAUACUGUACAAACUUUAUAUUCUAUCCCCUAAACCUAACCCUACCCCUAAACCUAACCCUCACAGAAAACUUUCUGCAUUUUUACAUUUUCAAAAAACAUAACUUAGUAUGAUUUAUAAGCUGUUUUCCUCAUGGGGACCGACAAAAUGUCCCCACAAGGUCAAAAAUUUCGGGUUUUACUAUCCUUAUGGGGACAUUUGGUCCCCACAAAGUGAUAAAUACACGCACACACACACACACACACACACACACACACACACACACACACACACAAAUGAAUGGGUGAGACCACAGCACAAUCACAAUGCAGAACACACACACACACACACACAAAUGAAUAGGUUAGACCAUAACACAAUCACAAUGCAGAACACACACACACACACACACACACACAAAUGAAUAGGUUAGACCAUAACACAAUCACAAUGCAGAACACACACACACACACACACACACACACAAAUGAAUAGGUUAGACCAUAACACAAUCACAAUGCAGAACACACACACAUUAAUAGGUUAGACCAUAACACAAUCACAAUGCAGAACACACACACAUUAAUAGGUUAGACCAUAACACAAUCACAAUGCAGAACACACACACACACACACACACACAACUGAAUAGGUUAGACCAUAACACAAUCACAAUGCAGAACACACACACACACACACACACACACACAAAUGAAUAGGUUAGACCAUAACACAAUCACAAUGCAGAACACACACACACACACACACACACACACACACAAAUGAAUAGGUUAGACCAUAACACAAUCACAAUGCAGAACACACACACACACACACACACACACACACACACACACAAAUGAAUAGGUUAGACCAUAACACAAUCACAAUGCAGAACACACACACACACACACACACACACACACACACACACACACACACACACACACACACACACAUACACAAAUGAAUAGGUUAGACCAUAACACAAUCACAAUGCAGAACGCACACACACACACUCACACACACACACACACACACACACACACACACACACACACACACAAAUGAAUAGGUUAGACCAUAACACAAUCACAAUGCAGAACACACACACACACACACACACACACACACACACACACGCAUGAAUAGGUUAGACCAUAACACAAUCACAAUGCAGAACACACACACACACACACACACACACACACACACACACACACACACACACACACACACAAAUGAAUAGGUUAGACCAUAACACAAUCACAAUGCAGAACACACACACACACACACACACACACACACACACACACACACACACACAAUCAUCUUGGUACAACCAGGAAUUAAUUAGUGGAUCUUUUCUGCCAUCUGACGGUUAUUUUUGUCAUUACAUGAUUUUCAAGUCACGUAAAUGUUCUUUUUUUUUUUUUUGCACCAGAUGGCAGCAAUCUGCCCCAGUACAUGACACGUCUUCAUAUUUUCUUUAUGUAUCAUCGUAUAGAAGUGUAGAUUUUUACUGUAUUCACAUGUAUUAUAUACAAAUAUAUAUAAUAUAUUUAUUUUUAUAAGCAAAUUAAUGGUGUAAUUGAGAAAUUUAAAGGUAGAUACGUUCUAGAUAGCAUAAAAUUCCCCCAAAAUGCACAACGUUAGUGUUUUUACAUUAUUGAAGUUGUUAUUGUUGUUGUUAUUUUAUUAUUGUGUUAUUAUUGUAUUUCUUUCAUAAAAUAUAAAAACAAAACUAAACAUUUUUUUUUAUACAUUUAUUGUUUUUGGUCAAAUCUGACAGCAAACAAUACAAGUGUGAGUCUAAAACAAACAGUUCUCUAAGGGAUCUCAGCAGUUUGGAAAAGUGGAGAAAAUGACCAUAUCUGCCAAAUUAGGAAAUAAUCUGUCAGGGGCAAAGUAAUUUCAUUGCUAAGUACUUAAGUAGGUAUUCUAUCAAGAGAAAAUGUAACUAAUAUUUAGUACCAAACACGGGACUUUUCACCUUGAAACUGCUGCGAUACAUGUGAUGAACCACGUAAUGUCAUUUGCAAAAAUGUUGCCACAUUCACAGUAAUCUUCCUUAGAUUGGGCUGUUAUUUUAGGAACUGAUUUGUUUAAAAGAUUGUAUUUGUUUAAAGGUGCUCUCAGUAACUUUUGUCUUUGUGUCAUCUUGGAUUUACACCAGAGCCGGACUGGCCAUCGGGAGAACCGGGACUUUUCCCAGUGAGCCAGCCACGAAACGGUGUCGCGAUAUGUCAAAGUGAGCCACGAUAUGAUGAAGGGAACAUUAAAACACAUUGCUCCAGGGCUGAUUUUUGUUCCUAGUCCACCCCUGACUUACACUGACACCUAGUGGCUUGGAUGAAGCAUAAUUUAAAAUCAAUAGUUUCAGUUUCAGAUGCCAUUGUAGAUAUGUAGUAUUCACAGUGAGCCAUGAUUACUUUAAUCAACGAGUGAAAGUGUCAAAUAACAGGACGGUUACUGAGAUUAAGCAAGUCCUAUUCAACUGGUCAUGUGAUUCCAACAUGGCCGCCCCCAUGUGCGGACCCUCUCCAUAUAGAAUAAAACAGCUUUUAAGAGGUUACUGAUAAGACCAGAGUCUUCAUUUAUUGUGAUUGUUCAUGAUUUCCUACAUAUAUUGCAAAAUUACACUUCAUGUCGUUAGAAGUUAAACUUUUUGAAUGAGUAAAAAUUUCCUGAGAGCACCUUUAAGUUAUAAGCCUUUUGUUUUCAAUCUUUUCUUCACUUUUUAAGGGAGUUGCCCUCUGGAUUAUUUUGACAGCUUCUGAGGUUCAUUUUUAAUGCUUCCUUUAAGUUCAUCUUGUUAUUGUUGCCACACUCAUACACACAGAAUACCGAUAUAGUAUGAUUAUUGUCAUAUGAUACACACAAACUUGUUGCCUAAAUGUAAGUAAUUGCCUCAAAUGCUUUUAAAAUGUGAUAUAUUGUGGAAAUUUUUUUAGUUCAUUACUGGUUAUUUUUUCCUGUGGAGUGCAAAAGGAGAAUUUUCCUUUAUGUAAUUUUUUUACUUUUUGUUUACAAUCACAUUUUGUAUUCUUUUCUACAAGGAGUACGAAGAAAAUCUUAUUUGUUUUCACAGCGGGAAGUAUAUGAUUGUAUCCAGGGCUGGACUGGCAAUCUGGCAUACCGGGCAUUUUCCCGGUGGGCCGAUGCACUUUGGGGCCGAUCAGGGGCGGACUUGCCAUCGGGAGAACUGAGGGGUCUGGCGGGUCGACCGUGAAACAUGCCGAAUGGUCCGCGAUAAGAGUGAGCCGCCACGUUAUGCAGAACGGACCACAAAACGGUGCCGCGAUAUGCAGAAAAUGACAGCGAACAAUUUUGCCCCCCCCCCUUCCCGCUCAACAGUUGGGCCGGUUACCAUGUAAAAUCCCAGGCCGAUUUCUCUUCCCAGUCCAGCCCUGAUUGUAUCCUAACUUGGGAGCUGAAUGGCUUGAGUUUAUAAAUUUUGCACGACUUUGUGAUCAGGGUUUGUUCUGGAAACCCCCUCAAAACAUCUCCAUGAGCACUGUAUAGAGCACAUCACUGCU